AUGAAAAUAAAAAGACAAACAGCAGAAGGAGACAGCUGGCGAGACACCCCGUUGCUGCUGCAGCAGAUUGCGCAUGCAGCAGCAGCACAGGCGCCGCCGCAGCUGCAGAAGGCUCUACGACAGCAGCAGCAGCAGCUGCAGCAGCAGCAGCAGCAGCAGAAAGGGGGGCGGCUUACUGCAGACCAGUGGCUUGCGGCAGCAAUGCGGGCGUACGGUCGCGGUUUGAAUGAGUUAGAUGCAGCAGCGUGGUUUAGUGAAGCAGCAGCAGUUGAGUUGCUGCUGCAGCAGCUUGCUGCUGCUCUUUGUCUUCGGCUGCAGCCCCUUAUAGAUAAACCCUGGCGAGGGUCGUUUUCGGGUUUCUCUUAUUUGAGCCAGGUGUAUGCGGUGUAUGAUGAGUUGUCUGCUGCGCCUGCUGCUGCUGCAGCAGAUGCUGCUGCUGCUGCUGCUGCUGCAGCUGCUGCUGCAUCUGCUGCAGCAGCAAGAAGCAGCAGCAGCAGCAACAGCAGCAGUAAGAGGCUGAAGGUGCUGGCGCAUGAGGUCGGCCACGCCUUCAAGGAAUUGCUGCAGCAGGGGCCGACUGCAGCAGCAGCAGCAGCAGCAGCAGCAAAGACACCAGCAGCAGCAGCACCAGCACCAGCACAAAGUAUAGCAGCAGCAGCAGCAGCAGCAGCAGCAGCAGCAGCAGCAGCAACAGCAACAGCAGCAGCAGCAGCAGCACAAGAGUAG